AAUGUUAAAAUAUUUGUUCUAUAAACUUUACCCUUACAAUCGGCGUAAAUAUUUGGUAUACAAGAAAUGUAAAACAUAAUAUCUAAUACAAAAUCUACUUAAAAAGCAUAUAUAUACUAACAUCUCUCACAAAUUACAAUAAAUUUUAUUCAUGAAAAGAUGCUUAUAUGGACCAACCGUAACUAGUUUAUGCUUCUAUUAAUAGGUGUGUUUCUUCAUUAUUUUAUAAUGGGCUACCAAUUUACCAAAUCAAGAAUCUCUAUCGUCAUGCCUAAUAUUUGGAUGUUUCUGGUAUUUAAUUGGAGUUUUAAUUUGCAUACAUCAUCGGGAUUUCUUCUCGUAAGUUCAUUUUGUACGUACUCGACGACUGUGGAAAAUAUAAUAAAACAUUUUCUUAAUUAAGUAAGCCAAUAUAUACAUCAUAGUUAUUAUACAUAUCCGGUAUUUGAGGCUUGUAUUAUUAUUUUUAUGUUAAUAUCUUUUUGUACAUUUUUUUCAUAUAAUGUUUUGGAGUUCUGUCGACUCAGCUAACGAAAUUUGAGACCACUUGUCUUUUUUUUCCUUAUUUGUCGUAAUCAAACCCAAAAAGAAGUGGGUGCCAAUUUUCACGAACCAAAUCAAAGUAAAAUUGAAACCUCUUUAACACUGCGUAUAAAUUUCAGUUCACAUCAUUCAUCCUUGUGUAAAUGGCUUGAUUCUCACUACAUUUUGAAAGUAACUCUCAGCACUAAAUUUUAUCUUAUGCGAAUAUUUCAUUUAUCAUUUGGUAUAUCUACAUCCAUUAAAAGAGACUAUAGUAUUUUUGUAAACUAUAUACUUCGUUCAUGUCGAUCGAAUGGACCUAACUAAGAGGAUUCGUUUCGUAAUCAUAUAACCACGAUAGCGAUUUUAACCUGCCAUUUUAAUACUUCUCUAGUCCAGCGUGUGAACCUGCAAGUUACGUAUUUUUGUUUUUAUGUUAAUAUAGUUUAUUAUGAGUAUUAUUUUAUGGUCGGUUGUUUGUUUCAAAGGCCGGUCUUGGACUCUGUUUCUUUCGUCUUCCCUCUAAUAGUCUCUUUUACCUAUUCUAUUUGAUUUCUUCUUCCUUCUUCCGUUCGCUCACUCAGAUCUCUCUAUCAUCUUAAAUAAUAUAUCUUUCUUUAUUCAAAGUUUCAAACCACUACAAAAGAACAGAAAGCCCACAUGAAGUCUUAUUUAUUUCUCAUCGUUUUCACAAUAUUAUCAUCACACGGAAACAAAUAGAAACAUUUUUUUUUUGAGAAUUGAAAAAAAAUGUAUUAUCGGCAGAAACGGAGUCCCAUGAAUAGCUCUGCCUUUUUCUUCAUCGUUAUCUCCACCGUCUGCUUUUCCUCCGGAGGCGUCUCUGCUCUGGGAGUAAAUUGGGGAACAAUGGCGAGUCAUCAGCUGCCACCAAAGACGGUGGUUAGGAUGCUUACAGACAACAACAUAAAGAAAGUGAAGCUGUUCGAUGCCGACACUGACACGAUGGGAGCUCUCGCCGGCUCAGGCGUCGAAGUAAUGGUGGCCAUCCCAAAUGAUCUGCUCCAAACCAUGGGAACCUAUCAAAGAGCUAAGGAUUGGGUCCAACGAAACGUCUCUAGGUUCAACUUCAACGACGGCGUUAAGAUCAAAUAUGUUGCCGUAGGGAACGAGCCGUUCUUGACAUCAUACAACGGAUCAUUCAUAAACCUGACGUAUCCAGCACUCGUCAACAUCCAAACCGCUUUAAACGAAGCCGGAAUCGGAGAUUACAUCAAAGCCACCGUUCCCUUAAACGCCGACGUUUACAACUCUCCCCCGGACAACCAAGUCCCAUCCGCAGGAAGAUUCCGUUCCGACAUCCUCCAAGAAAUGACAGACAUCGUCAACUUCCUCGCACAGAACAAAGCUCCUUUCACCGUCAACAUCUACCCUUUCUUGAGUCUCUACUUAAGCAGCGACUUCCCUUUCGAGUACGCAUUCUUCGACGGCCAAAACACCGUUAACGAUAACGGCGUUAUCUACACGAACGUCUUCGACGCUAGCUUCGACACUCUUUUAGCGUCUUUAAACGCGUUGAAUCACGGCGAUAUGGAAGUGAUCGUUGGAGAAGUCGGUUGGCCUACGGAUGGUGACAAGAACGCAAACGUUGCAAACGCGGAACGGUUUUAUUCCGGUUUGCUUCCCCGGUUAGCUAAUAACAUAGGUACUCCUAUGCGUAAAGGUUAUAUCGAGGUUUAUCUUUUUGGAUUUAUCGAUGAAGAUGCUAAGAGCGUUGCACCGGGAAACUUCGAGCGUCACUGGGGGAUAUUUAAGUUCGAUGGACAACCGAAAUUCCCGGUUGAUUUACAAGGACAAGGUCAGAAAAAGUUCUUGACCGGAGCUCAAAACGUUCAGUACUUGCUAAACCAGUGGUGCAUGUUUAAUCCGAACGGUCGUGGUAAUAUCAGUAAGCUUGGUGAUAACAUAAACUACGCGUGUUCGCUCUCUGAUUGUACUGCUUUGGGUUACGGAUCUUCUUGUGGGAAUCUUGAUGCUAAUGGGAACGCUUCUUACGCGUUUAAUAUGUAUUUUCAAGUGCAAAACCAAGAAGCUCAAGCGUGUGAUUUCGAAGGGCUUGCAACGAUUACAACGCAGAAUAUUUCUCAAGGACAAUGCGUUUUUCCUAUUCAGAUUGGAAAGCCAUCGUCUGGACAUUAUGAUUAUAGCUAUAGUUCCAUUGUUAGGUUUGGUUUGGUGAUUAGUGGCUUGAUGUUUCUUCUUAUUACAUAAAGAGAUUUACAUAUGUUUUUAUUUUGUUGUAUAUGACUGAUUCUUUGUUCAUCAAUCAUUUGAUAUUUUGUUCCA